AUGGCGGGACGUGGUGACAAGCUUUCACAAGCACCACCUGCCGGCGUUCAGGGGUUCGUGUCAGGGGCUGCCCGAUUGCCAGGCAACCUGGAAGGUUCGUCCCACGGGCAAUCCAGGCCUCCAGGGCUAGCGCGGAACUGCUCCAGCGCCUCCCGCCCGCUGACGGGCAGAGCCUGCUGGGCGGGCAGCGGGCGCCUCACGCUUGGCACUCCCGUCGCUCCCGUCACUGUCCAGGUGCCCUGCGCAUCAGCCCUUCAGCUGGAAUCCACACCUGCACCCGCUGCCACCCCCGACGCCCGUCAAUGA